AUGGUAACUACGUGGAAAAAUAAAGUAGAUAUGUACAAGUAUUGUAUCGAUUUGCACAAUUACACAUUAGGCAGAGCUACUAAUAUCUCGGUUUCGGAUUGUAACAUAACAGACUCAAGGUGUAUCCUUAUGCCUGGCAGAAAUGCGUUAUUGUCCGUCGAAUUUAUGCCCUACGUUGAUGUCGAACAAGUUUAUGUGCGUAUGUAUAGCGUGGUGUCCACUGUUACUGUACCUUUAUCGCUGAAGACACCCGAUGUAUGCAAGGAUCCCAACAGCGGAAUACAGUGUCCUUUGACGAAAGAUCAUAAAUACAAAUAUAAUAACACAAUUGUCAUACAUGAGGGAUUUCCGUAUUUUUUCUUAGACAUUAUGUUGGAGUUUGUGAACGGAGGAGGAGAGGCAAUAGUGUGUAUACUAAUUCCUGUCCAAAUUGGAACCUUAUCAAAGUAG